UUCCUGAUUUCAGUGAUGGCGGCUGCUGAUCUGAGAGCUGAGCUGAGCUGCUCCAUCUGCCUGAGCAUUUAUACCGAUCCUGUAUCCCUGUCAUGUGGCCAUAACUUCUGCUGGGACUGUAUUGAGAGAACAUGGGACACCCAGGUGGAAACUUUCCUAGAAAAUCCUUCUUGUCCUGAAUGUAGAAAGAGAUUUAGUAGGAGACCUGAACUGACAACAGACUGGAAGCUGCGUGACCUGGUGGAGCGAUUCCGUCCAACUGAGACAGAGCCGGGGGAGACUGGGAUCUUCUGCACCUACUGUGUCCUCUCUCCUGUACCUGCUGCUAAAUCCUGUCUCCUGUGUGAGGCUUCUCUGUGUGAUACCCACCUGAGGGGGCACAGCAAGUCAGCAGAACAUGUACUGACCCAACCCACCGACUCCUUUAUGGAGAGAAAAUGUUCUGUACACAAUGAGCUCCUAAAGUAUUACUGCUGUGAGGAGUCUGUCUGUAUCUGUGUGUCCUGCUGUCUGGCCGGAGAGCACAGGGGCCACAGGGUGGAGCUGCUGAGUGAGGCCUCUGAGAAGAAGAAAGAGAAACUGAGGCAAGUUCUGGAUAAACUGAGGCCAGAGAGAGAGGAGACUGAGAGAGGAGCCCAGAGACUGCAGGAGAGCAGGAGAGAAGUGGCAGAAAAAGCAGCCGGUGAGACAGAGAGAGUCACUGCCCUGUUUAGAGACAUCAGGGAACAGCUGGAAGCCCUAGAGAAGCGACUCCUGAGUGACAUCUCCAGCCAGAAAGAGAAGCUCUCACUCACACUCACUGAUCUAAUGGAGCAGCUGGAAAUAAAGAAGGACGAGCUGUCCAGGAAGAUCCGUCACAUUGAGGAGCUGUGCAACAUGGCAGAUCCACUCACUGUCCUACAGGAACGGGAAUCACAUGGAGCUGCAGAUAAUGAGGGGGGCAGAGAGAGACAUGAUAUAAAGGUCCCUGCUGUAGGGGAUCUGGAUGUGGAUCUGAUCUCAGAGACAUUACUCACAGGCUUAGCUGCCAUUGGGACUGGGGUAAAGGGGUUGUGCUUCCCUGGGCAGGAGGCUACAGACCUGUUACUGAAUAUAAACACGGCUGGGUAUGAUGUAUCUGUAUCAGGGGACAGGAAAUCUGCUUCCUACUCACUCACAGACCAACAUCACCCACAAACCCCAGAGAGAUUUCAGGAUUAUCCUCAGACUUUAAGCAGCAGGAGUUUCCCCUCAGGGCGACAUUACUGGGAAGUGGAGGUCAGUGAAUCAGGGGAGUGGAGGGUAGGGGUGGCCUAUCCCAGUAUAGAGAGGAGAGGGGGCCAGUCCCGGAUUGGGGAUAAUAACAAGUCCUGGUGUUUGUACAGAUGGGAUAAUAAGAUCUAUUCAGUGAUACAUGGCAAUAAAUGGACAAAUUUACCCCACGUCCCUUCCUACAGUAGAAUCAGGAUCUCACUGGACUAUGAGGCCGGACGUCUGUCCUUUUAUGAGCUGAGUGAGCCAAUCAGACACUUACACACCUUCACUGCCACAUUCACUGAGCCCCUUCAUGCUGCAUUCUGGGUAGGGUGGGAUGGUACCUGGGUGAGAAUCAUUAGUUAGGGCACUACCCAGCAGGAAACCCAUUCCUAGAGUUGCCCUUACCCUGUGAUACCAUGAAAGGAAGGGAGUACAGGAGACAUAUUGAUAUUGGGCAGUUCUCUAGCACUUGGGCAGUCAUUUUAAUUAAUUGUGAAUGAUUUACAAACACAGGUACUAAAGUGCAGUUGCCAAUAGCAACCAAGUUAGCAUGACAUAUUGAGAUCUUGAUUUUCACCAUAAACAAAUAUUUCAUGUUUAAUUGUAGUUUUGGUCAAGGACAGUCAUUCAAUGUUAUUUUUGUUACUGAGUACACUUUUCUAAUUGGUUGUUGUGGGAAACCACCCUAAUCCACCUUAAAGCAUAAUCAUGAACUAAUUGUGUAUGUACUCAACCUAUAAAUAAAUGGUCUGUUCACCAAUAUGGUAGAACAAAACAAAUAAAUACAGCCAUGUCUUGAUUCUGGUCUCUGCAAUAUUGCAUUCGUAUUCCUGCAGUCUGACAAUCCAUUUUUGUUUCUGGCAAUGACCCGAUUGCACCAGGAUUGCACCACCAGAUUUGGGACUAGACGUGAUCCAAGAGACCACCACAGGUGACCCUAGUAAUGGA